AUAUAGAUAGACAACUAUUCGAAGCGGGGGAAAAAGAUAGAACCACCCGCCACCAGCUGACGCAGGAGGACGGGAGGUCUGAAAAUCACAGAGAGUAAAAAGAGGGGAGGAGAGGGUUGUGGGGAAGGGCAGAGCAAUCAGCAAUCCCAAACCCCACCAAUUCAACCCUCCAUCAAAAUUUGUAGAACUUUACAGUCUAUUUGGUAUAUAUAACUUGUAAUUAUGUCUGAUUAGCCUUACAAACUAGCGAUUGUUUUACAAGGAAACUUCCCCCCUUUUCUCCCUUUAUUCUUUUUUCCUUCUAAUCCAAACCCAUCAAAGGAAUCAACCCAGGAGAGAGAUUCUAGCUUACCCAGAUCGAUCGAUCCCUUUCAAACCCUGAUCGGAUCGUUUCGGAUCGGCGUAAUUUGAGUGAACAACAUGUCGUGUUCGUCUUCAUCGGGGUCUGAGGAUGAUGAGGGAGUCGAUUCUUACAGGAAAGGAGGAUAUCAUGGGGUGAGGAUCGGCGAUCAUUUCGCUGGUGGCCGCUAUGUCGCUCAGAGAAAGCUCGGUUGGGGUCAGUUCUCCACCGUCUGGCUCGCCUAUGAUACUCGCACCUCUAAAUAUGUAUCACUUAAGAUCCAGAAAAGUGCUCCACAAUUUGCUGAAGCUGCCCGUCAUGAAAUCGAAGUUCUUUCGGCAAUUUCAGAUAGUGAUCCUUCAAGCUCUAAGUGCAUUGUGCAAUUGAUUGAUCAUUUUAAGCAUGCAGGGCCAAACGGGCAACAUCCGUGCAUGGUUCUUGAGUUUCUUGGUGAUAGCUUACUUCGGUUGAUCAAGUAUAACCGUUAUAAAGUUCUCGAGUUGAAUAAAGUCAGGGAGAUCUGCAAAUGUAUUUUGGUUGCUCUGGAUUAUUUGCACAGAGAACUUAGCAUUAUCCACGCUGAUCUGAAACCUGAAAAUAUUCUUCUAUUGUCCACCAUUGAUCCUACAAAAGAUCCUGUGAGGUCUGGACAGGCCCCUAUUCUUGAAAGACCCGAGGGGAACCCGAUUGGAGGAACCAUGAAUCUUAUUGAGAAGAAAUUGAAAAGAAGAGCCAGGAGAGCAGUUUCGAGGAUCUCCGAAAAACGAGCUUCUAUGGGAGGAGCAACCGCAAAGCCUGAUGAGAGAAAAUUAGAUGGCGUUGAUCUGAGGUGCAAGAUUGUCGAUUUCGGUAAUGCGUGUUGGGCAGAUAGGCAGUUUAUGGAAGAGAUCCAAACAAGACAAUACAGAGCUCCUGAAGUCAUACUGCAGUCCGGAUAUUCCUACCCGGUUGACAUGUGGUCAUUUGGUUGCAUUGCUUUUGAACUUGCCACAGGUGACAUGAUGUUUACCCCAAAAGGAGGACAAGAUUAUAGCGAGGACGAGGAUCAUCUUGCAUUGAUGAUGGAACUCCUUGGGAAGAUGCCUAAAAAGAUUGCAAUAGGAGGAGCUCGAUCGAAAGACUACUUCGACAGGCACGGGGACCUAAAAAGGAUUCGGAGGCUGAAAUUCUGGUCUCUCGAUAAACUGCUGGUCGAGAAAUAUAAACUUUCGGAAGCUGAUGCUCAAGCUUUUGCCGAGUUUCUCUGUCCCCUUCUCGAUUUCGCUCCAGAGAAGCGACCAACUGCUCAGCAAUGCCUGCAGCAUCCUUGGCUCAAUCCUAGGAACAUAGCUCAAAACGAAUUGAAGAAUAAAUCAGAGGUUGAAAAGGUGAAUGUUGGAAUGAGCAAACUCCAGAUUAGAGUGGGAAAGUGAAAGACUGGAUCGAUGACGACACCAUUCGACUGCAGAGCAACACUAUUUUCAGGUUCUUACUCUGUCUGAUCGUCGUCAAUUGUUUUGUUGUUUGAAAUGAUUUGAUUUUUUAUUAACUGAUAUACAGCAUGUAAAAAUUAGUAUUGUUUUUCCGAGAUCAUUGACCUAAGUGAGUGAAAUAUUGACUACGGAUAUAGAAACUGUUGGUGGGAUCAUGUGCUGUGCUCUAAAGCGCACCCAGAUGAUCACUGAUCUAUAUUUUCUGCUACAUGCUAUCAAUAUGUGAUUGCCUUCGCCUUCUCCCUA